CUAGUGUUGCUUACUCAAAAACAGGGGACUAAAAAAACAGAGCAACCUGAAAAAACAGAGUAAAAAAACAGAGUGCUCAACAAAACCACCCUGCAAAUGGAGUCCUCUUUCUUCACCUCUCAAUCAUCCGAUUUAUCGCCGGAGUCUUCCUUCGGCUCGCCGGAGUCUUUCGGGUGGGAAUCGGCAGAGAAUUCUCUCCCUUUCAAUGAGAAUGAUUCGGAGGAAAUGCUCCUCUAUGGGCUGCUCUCAAACACCAGCCAAGAAACUUGUUCCAACAGAGUUGUGAGGAGUCCCACCAAAGAAGAAGAGGUGAAUUCGAGGAAGGAGAAGUCGUAUCGAGGCGUUCGGCGCAGGCCGUGGGGCAAGUUCGCCGCCGAGAUUAGGGAUUCGACGAGGCACGGCAUAAGAGUUUGGCUCGGCACCUUUGAUAGCGCCGAGGCUGCCGCUUUGGCCUAUGAUCAAGCCGCUUUUUCGAUGCGCGGUCCCUCGGCGAUACUCAAUUUUCCUGUCGAAAGGGUUAGGGAGUCUCUGAGGGAGUUGAAUUGUGGCGGUGGCGGUGGCGGCGGUGUGGUGGCCGAUGAUGAGGGCUGCUCGCCGGUGGUGGCUUUGAAAAGAAAACACUCGAUGAGGAGGAAAAUUGUGAACAAGAAGACCAAAGAGAGGGAUUUGAGAAUAGAGAAUGUGGUGGUGUUUGAAGAUUUGGGAGCAGAGUACUUAGAACAACUUUUAACUACUUCAAUCUAAGUUCAUAAUCUCAAUCCAAACAAACAAAAAAAUUAUAUGAUCAUAUAAUUAUAUUUUUAUAUGUUUAUUCAGUUACUUUGAUUUUUUCAAAGAUUAGUACUGCUUCGUGUUUAUUGAAGUCUGGUUUAUUUUGUUCUUUUUAGCUAGAAAAUUUUAGAGAUGAUCAAAACCAAAGUGUGAAAAAUCUGUAUAAUCCAUUUUGGUUUUUCUUGUAAAGUGUAUCUAUCUGUCUAUCAAUCUAUAGUUCUACUAUUUUAAUUAAUUAAUUAA